CAUUAGCUGAGGGGCCCUAGUAUAUGAAAACUCAGCUAAUUCAAGCACUCGCGCCACAGCUUCUGUCGUCAUCAACCUCGUUACUUUCACUUCGUCCGUCUCGCUACCAAACCAAAGCACCUUCAUUCUGGUUUUGCUCUUUUUUUUUUUUGCAGAAACCCAAAAAUGAAAUCUUCGCUCAAUUCCUCGCCACUUCCUUCACUACGUCGCCUCUCUUUCUUAAACCCUAAAUUCCUCUCUUCACAAACCCAAUUUCCUAAGCCCCAUUUAGAAUCACCAUUGUCGGAGAAUCCCAAUCCGAGUACCAAUUCUUCCCAGUCAGUCACUUCAAAAUCUGAUAUUCCUGAGAAAGCCACAUCAGAAAUCGAUUUUCACGAAAACCCAUUUGGACGAGACUCGGAACUAACACAAACCAAGGUGAUAAGCACUCUCCUAAGCCACAGGAGUGAACCAAAUUCGGCACUGGAGCACUUCAUGUGGGCUGAAAAAGAGCGAGGCUUUCUUAAAGGUGUCGAUGCGUUUUGUGUGUUGCUGCACAUUUUGACUGGCUUUGAAGAGACUCGUGUGCGUGCUCAAAUCUUGCUUAACCAGUACGCUUCCGGUGAUUCAGGCCCUGCUCCGCAAGUCUUUUUCGACCGCUUGGUAGACUGCGCUAAAAGGUUUGAUUUUGAAUUAGAAUCUCGGGUUUUUAGCUACUUAUUGAAAAGUUAUGUUAGAGCCAAUCGAAUCAACUAUGCGAUUGAUUGCUUUGAUAGAAUGAUAGAGCUUGAGUUGUAUCCUUGUGUUACGUGUAUGAAUAUUCUUUUGGCAGAAUUGGUUAGGAGAAAAAUGAUUGGGAAUGCACGGGAGUUGUAUGGUAAAAUGGUUUUGAGAGGAAUGGGAGGUGAUCGUGGCACUCUGCAUGUGAUGAUGCUUGCUUGCUUGAAAGAGGGGAAACCAAAUAAGGCAGAGGAGUACUUUAGAGAGGCGAGGGCAAGAGGGAUAGAACUUGAUGCAGCAUCCCAUGGUAUUGCUAUUCAGGCUGCCUGUAGCAAACCCAAUUUACAUUUGGCUGUGGAGUUGUUGAAGGAAAUGAGAGAAAUGGGGUGGGUUCCUUCCGUGGGUACGUUUACUAGCAUCAUCAAGGCUUGUGUAAAGCAAGGGAAUAUGAGUGAAGCCCUAAGGAUUAAGGAUGAAAUGGUAAGUUGUGGGCACUCAAUUAAUUUGGUUGUUGCAACAAGCUUAAUGAAGGGUUAUUGUGUGCAAGGGAAUUUGGAGAGUGCUUUGGAUUUGUUCAAUAUAAUUAUAGAGGAUGGACUUAGUCCAGAGAGGGUUAUGUAUGCAGUUCUUAUAGAAUACUGCUGUCAUAAUGGGAAUAUGGAAAAGGCUUAUGAGCUUUACAUCCAGAUGAAAAAUAUGGAUAUUUUGCCUAAUGUCUUCAUUGUAAAUGAUUUGGUGCGUGGAUUUUUGAAAUAUCGGUCACUGGAAGAUGCGUGUAAGUUGUUUGAUGAGGCAGUUGAGUGUGGCGUUGAUAAUGUUUUCUUGUAUAAUAAUCUCUUAUCAUGGCUUUGUGGGGAGGGUAAAGUAAGUGAAGCUUGUAGUUUAUGGGAUAAGAUGGUGUGUAACGGUGUGGUACCUAAUCUAGUAUCCUACAACAGCAUGAUACAUGGCUAUUGCAGAAUAGGGAAUAUGGAACGUGCACACAGUGUAUUUUUGGAGAUGCUUGAAAGAGGUUUGAAACCUAAUGUCUUCACUUACUCUAUUUUGAUAAAGGGCUAUUUCAGGAAAGGUGAUAUAAAGCGUGCCCUUGAUGUCUUUAACAAUAUGGUGGCUGCAAAGAUAACCCCCACAGAAUUCACAGUUAACAUUGUCAUUGAUGGCUUGUGCAAAGCUGGUCGUACAUCUGAGGCAAGUGAUAGGCUAAAUAAAAUUGUUGAGAGGGGUUUCGUUCCUGGAUGUAUGAGUUACAAUAAUAUUAUAGAUGGGUUUGUCAAGGAGGGUGCCAUGAAUUCCGCACUGGCUGUAUAUAGAGAAAUGUGUGAAGGUGGAGUCUCCCCAAAUGUUGUCACUUACACCAGCUUUGUUAAUGGGUUUUGCAAAAGCAAUCAAAUUGAUCUUGCUUUGCAAAUGUGGAAUGAUAUGAAAAAGAAGGGUAUUGAAUUGGAUGUUACUGCAUAUUGUGCCCUCAUUGAUGGCUUUUGCAAAAGGCGAGACAUGGGAACUGCCCGUAAACUUUUCUCAGAACUCCUUGAAGUUGGUUUAUCUCCAAAUACAGCUGUUUACAGUAGCAUGAUUUGGGGCUUCCAGAAUUUAAAUAACAUGGAAGCGGCUCUUGACUUGCACAAGAAAAUGAUAAGUGAAGGUAUUCCCUGUGAUUUGAAAGCAUACACUACACUAAUCAAUGGAUUGCUAAAAAGGGGUGAGUUACAAGUUGCAACAGAUCUCUACUCAGAGAUGCUUCAGAAGAAAAUUGUACCUGAUAUCAAGACAUAUACAGUUCUGAUAAAUGGCCUUUGUAACAAAGGACAGCUAGAGAAUGCACGCAAGAACUUGGAAGACAUGAAUAAGAGGAGUAGGACUCCUAGUGUUCAUAUUUAUAGUACUUUGAUUGCUGGGAACUUCAAGGAGGGGAAUUUGCAAGAGGCUUUUAGGUUGCAUGAUGAGAUGCUUGACAGAGGCCUUGUACCUGAUGACGUUACUUAUGAUAUUCUUGUAAACGGAAAGUUCGAAGGAGCAAAUGCUCUUGUUGGAACUUCAUGUGCCUAGAUUUUUUUGGUUAUUGUUUCAACAUGCUUCAGGCCUUUGUUUGUUUCUCAGCAUGUCCCUUUUCAAGCACAGGGUGGUGAAUUCAAAGUUAUGCUUCAGAUUCAGAUGUGAGGUGAGUUCUAAGGCGUUAGUGCAUGCACUAUGGUUUGGACAUAUGGGAGAUAGCACCUUUUGCUGAUGCCCUUUCCGAAGAUGUUGUGGCAUCGUUAUAGAUUUAUUGGGGCAGGUGUGGUGUGUCUUGUCUGAGGAGGAGCUUUGUCAGUUCCCAUUCAUCAGCUGGUAUUUUUGAGGUGAAAGGAACAAUGUUCUGCAUGAUCAGAAUCCUCAGGGGACUUGCUAUUCUUCUCCAGUGUGCCAUGAAUAUUUAGGGUGACUGCUUUCAUGCUUGCCAUUCUCCCUCUCCCCCAUAUCCAGAUCACAUUGCCAGUGGAGAAUCCCCACCCUUCGGGGUCAUUAAACUGAACACCGAUGCAGUGCCUCUUCGGGGUUGAGAGGUGUUGGAGCAGUGGUUCUCCAACGGCGAGUUGAUGGACGCUCUCCCUAGAAAAAUCAACUGAGUGUUUGGCUCUUGCGACAAAGUUGAUGGCUAUCCAUGCAGGUUUCCAAAAUAGUGAGCAUUUUGUUUUUCUAGUUAGAAAAGAGCCCGAGUGGCUAUAUUCAUCUGUAUAUGAAAUCAUCUUCCUGUAACUGUUGCCUGUUGUAGUUAAUAAAAGUCCAAAGUUGCUUAUAAUAAAAAAUGUAUUGUUGCUGAUCU